AUGGAGACCCCCAGGAGACCCAUGAAGAAGCUGAAGAAGAGGCGUUCCAGCCUGUUCGCCAAUCUGAAGUUCGCCGGCAGCUUCUCUCAGAGCAUGGAGGUGGAGUCUAGCGCCUUCCCCUUCUCUCAGGACAGCUCCAUCAAGGCCUGGACCUCCAUGGACAACCUGGACAGUCCCGUCGCCAUAAUGGAGGAACCAGAGAGCAAAGGGCCGGAGAUGAAAAAGAGCAAGCAAGAGGGGCGGCCCUCCAAGAGGCAGUCCAGCAUGCUCAAUCUCAACGUGGGGGGCAAGGUCUUUAACAUCCCCAAGCGCAUGGCUGUGCGGUACCCCCACACCCGCAUCGGCAGCCUGGCGCUCUGCACCGACCCUGUGAAGCGGCAGGCCCUCUGCGAUGACUACUCGGUGCACACCAACGAGUUCUUCUUCGACCGGGACCCCACCUUCUUCCACCACAUCUUCCACUUCUACCGCAGCAACGUGCUGUGGGUGAUGGACGGGCUGUGCCCCGUCAACUUCGAGGAGGAGAUGGAGUUCUGGGGGCUGCGCAUAAAGGACACGCAACGCUGCUGCCGUAUCCUGUACGAGGAGAAGCUGGACGAGCUGCGCGACCAGCUGAAGGUCAACGCCGAGCUGAUGGCCGAGAUCGAGCCGCUGCACGACGAGGAGGGCUUCAAGACCAUGUUCAUGGGCAGCUCGCGGAGAGCCCUGUGGAACCUGAUCGAGAACCCGUACUCUUCCAUGGCAGCCAAGGCCUUUGCUAUCAUCUCCAGCUUGCUGGUGGUCAUCUCCAUCGUGGCGAUGACACUGAACACCGUCGCGGAGCUGAACAACAGGGCCGCCUACGGCAAGAGCUACAUGGAGUGGGUGGAGAUCUGCUCCAUCCUCUUCUUCACCCUGGAGUACUUCUUGCGGCUGCUCACCACCUGCAACAUCAAGCGCUUCCUGAAGAGCGCCCUCAACUUCGUGGACCUGGUGGCCGUCAUGCCCUACUUCAUCCAGCUGGUGUUCGAGGCCUUCUCCAACCAGGAGGACGUCAGCGUGCAGGACGACCUGAGGGCCAUGGCCAGGGUCAGCAAGGUCAGCAAGAUCCUCAAAGUGGUGAAGCUGAUGCGCAUCUUCCGCAUCCUGAAGCUCGCGCGGCACUCGACGGGCAUGCGGGCCUUCGGCUUCACGCUGCGGCAGUGCUGUGAGCAGGUCUGCUGUCUCUUCCUCUUCAUCGCCAUGGGCAUCUUCACCUUCUCCGCCCUCAUGCACUCAGUGGAGCAUGACGCCAAGGGCACCCCCUUCAGCAGCAUCCCCGAUGCCUGGUGGUGGGCCGCGGUGAGCAUCUCCACGGUGGGAUACGGUGACGUGGUGCCCGUCACCUUCCUGGGCCGGGUGGUGGCCUUCUGCUGCAUCUCCUUUGGCAUCAUCCUGAAUGGCAUGCCCAUUUCCAUCCUCUUCAACAAGUUCUCCGACUACUACGCCAAGCUGAAGGCCCAGGAGCACAACUUCGUCAACACCCAGCGGAGUCUGCAGCUCAAGGCCCGCCUCCGACGCAGGUUCGGCCAGUGCUUCGAACCCCAGCUGGAGGAGUCCGACGAGGACGACCUGCACGACCGGCAGCCCUGCCGGCACCGGCACUGA